GACGAGCGAAGGCUCAUAUUUUUAAUAUUCAACUUUUCUGCAUGGUCAACAAACGCGGCUGUAUGUACAACUUAUCUGUUGAAAGACGUGGCUGGCUGCAGCUCAGGAAAUGCUACAAAUGUACAGACGUGUUUCAUCACGUGACACUGUCAUGUGGGAGUUUCUUGAACGAACAAAUGAACCGACUUGGCGUCGGGUUGUCAUGGUUACGAUGAGUACCUCCAACAGGGGUCUCCUCCGGGAUAAUGCCACAGAGACUUUAAAAAUGUGUCUUGACUUAUUCUCUCCAUGGCGUAUGCAUUGUGUUUUUCAGGUCAACUAAUUCACAUUUUCCUGACAUGAUGACUGCAACACUUAGAGGCGAAGAGGUGGAGGAACUGGGAAGAGUUAUUGUGCAGGUCCAGGAAGAUUUGAGACAAUUAAGGCGUGAAAUUGCUAUCAAAGGAAGUGGGGAAAAAUUGGACCUCCUAGCCUUAGACAAAGCCAUUCUCAGGACAGAAUGUGGCAUACGGAAGCAUGCAGAGCAGUGUCUUAAAGCAGUGAACAACCAGAUGCUGGUGCUCCCAAACAUUGAAGACAAACACCCCACCUCACAGAUUCCCAAAUGGGGACCCCCGCUGGAGAACAUACCUAAUGUGCACAGCCAGUGGGGAGGUCCUGACAGGAUCUCCCCUGGGGAGAAGCACAAGUUGGCGUUGACCAUGCGCCUGUUGUAUAAUCCAGCGCAUCCAAAGACCAGGACCAUCAUGAACGAAAAGUUUGGGAUCCCACUGCCAUAUGUUCACAAGAAAAGUGUGACCUCUGCAGCCCACCAGGGGGUGAUCAGCGUCCCCAGAGUGGGCCUCUUUACCCUGGUUUCUAGGCAGCAGCCCGGGUACUUUCCCCUGGCCCGGCCCGAGGCAGGAGGCCUGAGAACCGCAGGGGGGCCGCGGCUGGUGGACGUCGGUCUCCCCUUGCCGGCGCCAGACGUCUCUUCUCUGCAGACUUUGGUCCAGCACAAGGUUGCGCCUCUCCACGCCAGAGAAGCACAACCCUUUCCCCUCAGCGCAGAGCCGCCCGGGGACAGGCCGGUGCGGCGCCGUAAGCAGCUAACGUGGAGCAAGGAGCCUGGGGAAGCAGCAGGGAGGGCUGGCAGAGAGGGCCCUGCCAGCCUGGCCGCCCUGCCACCCACGCCCCCCGCCAGCCCCGCGUCCCGGAGGUCAGACCCCCGGAGUUCAGACCCCCGGAAGCCAGACCCCCGGAGCACCGCAGGGGAGGAGUGCUGGGCCCCUGAGAGCCCUGAGUCGUCUCUGCAGGGCCGUCCCGCGGCGGCCGUCAGCCGGUUCCCGUUCACCAUCGCGUGCGGCCGGGUCGACCCCACCGCCGCAGACUUCUGCCGCUUCAAGCAGCAGUUCUGCGUGCCGUGGGGCGGCCUGGUGGACGCCCUCCGCGCCCUGGAGACGCUGCUCCGGCGGUACGCCGUGCCCCUGGCCCGGGUGAACGGGGAGCGCCUGGCCGAGUGCGGCCUGGGCCGGGACCUGGCCUGGGGCUGGGCCACGCCCCCGGUGUCCGCCCUGCUCGCCACCCUGGACAACCAGCCCGAGGUGCUGGCUCUCCUGCUCCGCCCCGGCCAGCGCUACAGGGGGGAGGGGGGCGCGGAGGCGGCCGCCGUCCGGGUACAGGCCUGGUGGAGGGGCCGCCUGGCCCGUGCCGACUACGUGCGUCACCGCCGCCGCGUGUGGGCCGGGGGCGUCCUGGCCCUCGCCCUGUGGAGGCGCCUGCAGAUGCGGCGGGUCAGGGAGCUCCUGCAGGCCCGGCGCCGCAGACAGCUGGAGAACCACCGGCAGAGAGCCCAGCAUCUGGCAGCCAACUGGAAACACAUCCACUCCUCCACGAGGACCAUUAUCCACAUUCCAUCAUUAGGCUACAGUCAGAGCCAGCGUUCGCAGUUGAAGGACUUUGGCAUCCUGCAGAACACGCAGAUAAGCAGGCUGGCUGACAUCAGAGACCCCAACGUGGAUGUGAUCUACGUGGCCCCCCGGCCCAUGGGCAAGGACGUCGCUGGCUACUAUGCCCGUUUGCUGGAGCUCCAGGCCUCGGGGGCCCCUGAGAGCCCCUCAGGGCCCUCGUCUUUAGGAAACCACAAGCGCUUCACCAUCAUCACACCAGAAGCCCUGGACUACUUCCCGACCCACAGCAUGUGCCUGUCCACGCUGCUCAAGUACAGCCCGCACGCCCUGCGGCGCAUCAGGAACCUGGUCCAGGGGAGGCGGGCCUACAUCGUGGGCGGCGUGGCCUACGCGGAUGACCUGGCGGUGGCUGACGAGCUGGGCGUGGCCAUCCUGGGCCCGGAGCCGGACGUGGCCCGGCGCUACGGCACGAAGUCUGGAGGGAGGGGGGUCUUCACCGGGGCAGAGGUGGCGGUGCCCCCCGGCCAUGGGGGGAUUCACUUCCUCCCCGAGCUCCAUGAAACUCUGGCUCGGCUGAUGACGCACAACAUGGAGGUGCAGCGUUGGAUCUUCAAGAUGGACGCUGAGUUUGGCGGUCGCGGCACCGCCUACUGUGACGUCUGCCACCUGGGCUGCCACGGUCGGGCCCUGCAGGAGUACCGGCGCCUGGGCCCUGUUCUCUGGAGCCAGCAGUGGACUCAGGAACACGUUGUGCAUAAGUAUGUGGACCAGAUCCCUGCUUGGCUAGCCCGCCAUGCCCGGCCUGCAAACGCCUCCUGCUUCCCCGACUGGGCUGGCUUUCUGAAAGCCUUCCUCCGGCGAGGGGGCCUGGUGGAGGCCUACCCCCCCUCCCACAGUGUCACCUGCCUCACGGUAGAUCUGCUGCUGGAGCCCGGGGGGGAGGUGAGCGUGCUGUCCUGCGGUGACCAGCUCCACGGCGCCUGUCGGCUGGAGACCCUGGGCUCCUGUGUCCCCCAGGCCUCGGUGCGCCCCGAUGCCCUGCACGCUCUCUGCUCGCGCGUGGGCCGCGCCUGCCUGCAGCGCCACAUCCUGGGGUACGUCUCCCUAGACCUGGCCACCUUCCUGGACCCCUGCACCGCCGAGCAGAAGGUGUGGGCCAUCGAUCUGGACCUGAGAUACAGCGACCAGCUCGCCCUGACCCAGUUGCUGCUGCUGGUGACGGGAGCUACGCUGGACUGCCGGUCCUGUCGUUUACUUGUGCCGCUGCCAACCCAAGAGAAAUCCCCUGAAACAGAGAGCCCAUCCAAACAUGCUGUGGGCCACCGCUACGCCGUGCUAGUGAACCGCCUGCUCCACACCAACCUGUCCAUCUUCUACCACAGCGUGUUCUUCAGCAUGUGCAAGGCUCACGGCAUCGGCUACGACACAAAGAGAAAGAAAGGCACUGUGUUUGUUCUCCAUGACAGCAGUGAUAGACACAGCAUUGGGAUGUUAACCGUCGGUGAUGAUCUCCUGGGAUCCCUGGUGACCUUUGCUCGGAAUCUGUCAGUCAUUCAUCAGGAAAUAUCAUCCCCUAAAACACAAGGAGACACUAAUUUCAAGGAUUUGCUGAAGGACAUUGAAGGUGUGCUGCAGAUGGCCAUUCAGAACAAAGAGCAAGCGUUGGAGGCUGAAACAUCUUAAGGGCUUUCCGAAUACUGUUAGGUUUCAUGGGGUUUCGACAGCUUAAUCCCACUAUGUAGGAGCUGAAGCACAAUAUUUUGGCCACGUUAUAAUAUAGUUAGGCUAGAUCUAGUUAAUUUUAAAUAAUUUUGUUUUAUUAGUUCAUAAAUG